AAAUAGCUGGAUUUUACAGGUGAGUCUCACAGCAUAACUGCAAUGGGUUCAAUAGGGAACGAUGAGACUGGCGCUGAUGAAAACAUGGCAGCCUGGCUCUGCGGAGUUAAUACCAUCCGAAUGAAGCAAUUGCAGCUUCCUUCCCUUGGUAACAAAGAAGUGAAAGUGCGCAUCAAAGCCUCGGGCAUAUGCGGGAGUGACGUACAUUAUCUCAAGCACUUGAGGCUUGCAGACUUCGUGAUCGAGGGGCCAUACGUGCUGGGACAUGAAUGUGCAGGAGUUGUUGAGGAGGUGGGAUGUGAGGUGAAGCAUCUAGUAGUUGGUGACCGGGUGUCUUUGGAGCCUGCAAUUCCAUGCAGGGGAUGUAAGCCAUGUAUGGAGGGUUAUUACAACUUAUGCCAGAAUGUAAAGGCCUUUGGAACACCUCCAUUCCCUGGUUCACUGGCUCAGAAGAUUAUUCAUCCUGAAGAAAUGUGUUUUAAAUUACCGGAGAAUGUGAGCUUCGAAGAAGGUGCUAUGUGUGAACCACUGAGUGUUGGAAUACAUGCUUGUCGUCGUGCAAAUAUAGGCGCCGAAACAGAUGUUGUAAUAAUGGGGGCAGGAACAAUUGGUCUUCUCACAUUGCUUUGUGCACGAGCAUUUGGAGCACCUCACAUUGUGAUAAGUGAUAUAAAUGGAGAGCGUCUCACCAUGGCUAAGAAACUUGGAGCCGAUGAAUGUAUUCUAGUCUCUAUGAACAAUGAGGAUAUCGAAGAAGAGGUACGACUACUGCAGAAAGCUAUGGGAAAAGACAUAGACAUAAUAUUUGAUUGUGCCGGAUUUUCCAAAACUAUGACAACAGCUCUCAAGGCAACUCGUGCAGGUGGUAAGGUAUGCCUUGUGGGCAUGGGUCAUCAUGAAAUGACAGUACCACUCCCUCCAGCUGCUUGUAGAUUUCAAUAUGGAUGGUAGUUGUAGAAGUUACUAUUCAAUUGGGGGUUCAUGUCACCACAUGGAGCAGCUUGAUGAAUUAAUAAGGAACUCAAUUAGGGAGUCUACUGCUGGAAACUUCUAAAUGAAAAAUGACCAUAUUUGAGCUAUCAUGGUUGUGGGUUUGCAACAAGAAAUAGCUGCCAUUGAUGGGAGAGAGAAUGUGUUGGUUUUUGCUUGUAAUAGAGAGGAAUUGAAGACAAAAGAGAGAUCAAUGUCUUGUGAUGGGAAGUUAAUUGGGAAAUGCUUUAGAGGAGCUAUGACCAAUAUUUUGGUCUGAUAACUUCUCUCUGUUGUUGUAAAAGAAGGUCAAGCAUUGAAUAAAUUGUGUCUAGAGUGGUGGUUCAAAUUUGUCAUUAUUUAUAAUUAUUUUCACA